GAACCACCGAGCGGUGUGGAUGCUUUCGUUUCGUGUUCGCGCGCCGACUCAAGUUGUUUCGAUCGCGUACGUGCCAGUGACACUUGGCGGCUGCCUGCGCGGCGGGGACAUGCACCGACGCUGAGCCAGCGAACGAGCGAGCGAGCGAGCGAGCGAGAGAGAGAGAGAGAGAGAAAGAAAGAUACACCACGGUCAGCUACGUCGCGCCGAUCGCCGCAGCUGCCGUUGCCGCGCCACCGCCGUCGUCGACUUAUUAUCGCGCGUUCCUCGCGUGCGCGCGAGUUCCUCUCGUCGGGCUGCGCGUCCACGCAAGCACGCACGGCAAAUACAGUACAGUGUGCGUACGUACGCACGUACGCUCCGCUUCCCGCGGCACUUACGCACGCGAAAAUUGGACCUUGCACGCGCCGAUCGUCGAUCGUCGCCGGCUGUUAUUCAUCGAGCGCGCUCUCGUGAUCGACCGGUCGUUCGGUUCGUUCGUUCGGUGCCGCCGUUGUCGUUCCUCGCGCGAAGGAGCUGCUCUCCUCGACGCGGGCGCGAACAGACGGAAGUACAUCGGCGUUUUUACUCCUGUACGUUACGCACGUACAGACAGACGACCGGAAAAGGGAGGCAGGAAGGAAAGAAGGAAGGAACGGACGGAAGGAAGGAAGGAAGGAAGGAAGGAAGGAAGGAAGGAAGGAAAGACACAAGGAGGAAGGAAGACAGACAGCGACGUGUCGCGCGCACUUCCACCGGGAACGAUCUCGAUUCCAUCGUCGGCGCAUCCUGCCUGGGCGAGCCGCACGGCCGAGGAAGUGUAGUCAUGAAUAAUUCACUCGGCUGAAGCGGCCAACGGGAGUUUCUCGGACUUUGAGGCACCGAGGGAGACUUUUGAGCACGGCAUCGAGAUGGGCGAGCUUUUAGGAUCGGCCAGCUUCCUCCACCUCGGCGAUAUCGUCAGCCUCUACGCCGAGGGAAACGUGUCCGGCUUCCUCUCCACGUUGGGGUUGGUCGAUGAUAGGUGUGUAGUAUGUCCCGAAGCCGGAGAUUUGUCGAACCCACCGAAGAAGUUCAGAGAUUGCCUCUUCAAAAUAUGUCCUAUGAACCGGUAUUCCGCCCAAAAGCAGUUCUGGAAGGCGGCAAAACAGAGCGCGAGCUCCGGCACCGACGCCGUCUUGCUCAAGAGACUCCACCACGCGGCCGAAAUCGAGAAGAAGCAAAAUGAGACUGAAAACAAGAAGCUGUUGGGCAGCGUGGUAUCGUACGGCAACGUCGUGCAGCUGCUGCAUCUCAAGUCCAAUAAAUUCCUGACGGUGAACAAGAGAUUGCCGGCCUUGCUGGAGAAGAACGCGAUGCGGGUUUAUUUGGACGCGAACGGCAAUGAGGGCUCGUGGCUUUACAUAAUGCCGUUCUACAAGUUGCGCAGCGACGGCGACAGCGUGGUCGUCGGUGAUAAAGUGAUUAUGGAGCCGGUGAAUGCAGGCCGACAGGGUCUCCAUGUGGCCGCCAACUAUGAGCUGAGCGACAAUCCUGGCUGCAAGGAGGUGAACGUCGUGAACUCGUCCACCUCGUGGAAGGUGACGCUCUUCAUGGAACACCGAGAGAACCAAGAGGAGAUUCUCAAGGGCGGCGACGUCGUGCGGCUGUUCCAUGCCGAGCAGGAGAAGUUCCUUACGAUGGACGAGUACAAGAAGAAGCAGCACGUGUUCCUGAGGACCACCGGCAGGACUAGCGCCACCGCUGCCACUAGUAGUAAGGCCCUGUGGGAAGUUGAGGUGGUGCAGCACGAUCCGUGUAGAGGAGGUGCCGGCCACUGGAAUUCACUCUUCAGAUUUAAACAUCUAGCGACAGGCCAGUAUCUCGCUGCUGAGAUUGAUACGGACGAGCCGCGGGAACCCGUAAAAGGCAAGCGCGAUCCACCUGGAGCGAUCUAUAGAUUAGUAUCGGUGCCGCACAGCAACGAGAUCAGCUCUUUGUUCGAAUUGGAUCCUACGACGUUGACGCGAGGCGACAGUCUAGUUCCGCAAUCGUCUUUUGUCAGGUUACAUCAUAUAUGUACGAAUACCUGGGUCCAUUCAACGAGCGUGCCAAUCGAUAAGGAUGACGAGAAGCCUGUGAUGUCGAAGGUGGGCUGUGCAAUUAGUAAAGAAGACAAAGAAGCCUUCGCUUUGAGAUCCGUGUCGCCAGUCGAAGUGCGCGAUUUAGAUUUCGCGAAUGACGCCUGCAAGGUGUUGACGGCUAUGAGCAGCAAGCUGGAGAAGGGAACGAUCUCGCACAACGAACGAAGAGCUGUCACUAGUUUGUUACAAGACAUCGUAUACUUCAUAGCCGGCUUAGAGAACGAACAAAACAAAUCCGAAGCGUUAGAAUUAAUCGUUGCGAAUACUGUGAGAGAUCGCCAGAAAUUGUUACGCGAGCAGUAUAUUCUCGGUCAAUUGUUCAAGAUAUUGCAGGCUCCAUUCUUGGAAUCUGCAGAGGGUGAAGGGCCAUUUCUUAGGAUAGAAGAACUUAAUGAUCCGAGGCAUGCGGCGUAUAAGUACAUGUUUCGUUUGUGCUAUCGAAUCCUCAGACUUUCGCAGCAGGAUUAUAGGAAGAAUCAGGAAUACAUCGCCAAACAUUUUGCAUUUAUGCAAAAACAAAUCGGCUACGAUAUUCUGGCGGAAGAUACGAUUACCGCGCUUUUGCAUAACAAUAGAAAAUUAUUGGAGAAGCAUAUAACAGCCGCAGAGAUAGAAACGUUCGUGGGUCUCGUUAGGAAAAAUAUGCAUAAUUGGGAAUCGAGAUUUCUCGAUUACUUGUCGGAUCUAUGUAUUUCCAAUAAAAAGGCGAUCGCAGUGACGCAGGAAUUGAUCUGCAAGAGUGUACUCAGUGAAAAGAAUAAAGAUAUUCUGUUAGAAACGAAAAUGGUGAAGACCCAGGUGGAAGUCGAAGAUAUAGACGAGAAGCAGGAGAACGCCGAACCGAAAAUCACCGUCAUCGAAGAAUUCGAGGUCGUAUUGGAAUCGAAUAAUAGAACCAAAUCGAUGUCUCUGAGUGAACUGUCGCGGGGAGCGAAAAUGGGAAAUAUUCAAGACGCAGCGAUCCUGGAUUAUUACAGGCAUCAGUUAAAUCUGUUCAGUAACAUGUGCCUCAAUCGACAGUAUUUAGCACUAAAUAAUCUGUCGCCACAUUUGGACAUUGAUCUCAUACUUAAAUGUAUGGAAGAUGAGACGGUGCCGUACGAAUUACGCGCGUCGUUUUGCCGACUUAUGUUGCAUCUUCACGUGGACAGAGAUCCGCAGGAACAGGUGACACCUGUGAAGUACGCUCGUCUCUGGUCUGAAAUUCCGUCGAAGAUGAGCAUAAACGAUUAUGAUACGAAUAGAAUGCCGGAUCAAAACAAAGAAGCUGUCCGUACCAAAUUCAGCUCGACAAUCAUGUUCGUUGAAGAUUAUCUUUGUAACGUUGUUGCGAAAAUGUGGUCGUUUGGAGAUCAGGAGCAGAAUAAGCUCACAUUUGAGGUUGUUAAAUUAGCGCGUGAUCUAAUAUAUUUUGGAUUCUACAGCUUUAACGAUUUAUUAAGCUUAACAAAGACGCUGCUUAGUAUCUUGGACUGCGUGUCAGAGAAUGACUCUGAUGGGAAAAUCCCUACAGGCGAUAUCGAUUCUGAGUCAGUGGAUUCUGAGGAGGCAGCCGAAGGAGGCGUUCUUAGAUGCAUCGGUGACAUGGGUGCUGUGAUGACGAAUUUAACACUAGGACCAGCUGGUCAAGUUCUAGCUAGCUCUUCGCCAAGACCAAAGCCACUAAUGAAGAAAGAAUAUCCUUUGGUGAUGGACACGAAGCUCAAGAUAAUUGAAAUCUUGCAGUUUAUUCUCGACGUUCGACUGGACUACAGAAUUUCUUGCCUCUUGAGCAUAUUCAAGCAGGAAUUUGAUGAAACCGAAAGGACUUCCGGAGACGUGAAUCUAGGACAGAAAACUAUCGAUCUUGAGUCAAUCGGCACACAAGCGGAAGGAAUAUUUGGCAGCAGUGAGGAAUGUGCGGCAUUGGAUUUAGACGGUCAAGGUGGUAGAACGUUCUUACGCGUCCUACUGCAUUUAGCUAUGCACGAUUAUCCUCCGCUAGUCUCCGGAGCUUUGCAUUUAUUAUUCAGACACUUCAGCCAGAGACAAGAAGUUCUACAGGCGUUUAAGCAGGUGCAGCUUCUGGUUUCCGAUAGCGACGUGGAGUCUUAUAAACAGAUUAAGGCGGAUUUGGACAUUCUGCGCCAGUCUGUGGAAAAAUCUGAACUGUGGGUGUUUAAAUCCAAAGCGGCGGAAGAACAUGGAAACAAAAAGAAAGCAAGCAAAGAGGAGGAGGAUGAAGGAACAACUUCAUCUCGGAAACCGCCUCUGCUGUCUAUAUUAGAUAAACAAGAAUCUGCUAUCGAUUUGGACAUCGGGCCACCGUUGCACACCGAACAAGCUGAAGAAUACAAAAAGAUUCAGCAGAUACUGAUGAGAAUGAAUAAACUUUGUAUUCAACCUCUGCUGAGUGGUCAAUUGAAGGCACGCAAACAUGAACAACGACUUUUGCGUAACGUCGGAGUACACACUGUCGUCUUGGAUUUAUUACAAGUUCCAUUCGACAGCAAAGAAGAUAUCAGAAUGAAUGAAUUAAUGCGUCUAGCGCACGAUUUCCUGCAAAACUUUUGUUUGGCUAAUCAACAGAAUCAGGUUCUUUUGCACAAGCAAUUGGAUCUGUUCUUGAAUCCUGGUAUAAGAGAGGCGCAAACAGUAUGUAGCAUCUUUCAAGACAAUUCUGUCCUUUGUAAUGAGGUCAAUCCGAAGGUCAUACAGCACUUCGUGCACUGCAUAGAAACGCACGGAAAGCAUGUGCAAUACUUGAAGUUUUUGCAAACUGUAGUGAAAGCUGAGAAUCAGUUUAUCCGAAAAUGUCAGGAGUUGGUGAUGCAGGAGUUAGUUCAAUCGGGAGAAGAUGUUUUAAUCUUUUACAAUGACAGAGCUUCUUUCAAUCAUUUCGUGGAGAUGAUGCGAUCGGAAAGACAUCGUAUGGACGAGAGCAGCCCGCUUAAGUAUCAUGUAGAAUUAGUGAAACUUCUGGCCUGCUGCACGAUGGGUAAAAACGUCAAUACCGAGAUUAAAUGUCAUAGUCUCUUACCACUGGAUGAUAUCGUCGCCAUGGUAUCACAUCAGGACUGUAUACCAGAGGUGAAAGAGGCGUAUAUCAAUUUUCUCAAUCACUGUUACAUUGACACGGAAGUCGAAAUGAAGGAGAUUUAUACGUCGAAUCAUAUGUGGUCUCUAUUUGAAAAAUCCUUUAUAGUUGAUAUGGGUUUGAUUGCAUCGUCUACUCAUGAUCGACGUCACGCGGAUACAGCCUUAGAAACUUACGUGACGAGUUGCCUAAUGAACAUUAUAUCCACGUUUUUCAGCAGUCCAUUUUCUGAUCAAAGCACCACCGUGCAGAAACAUCUGCACGAGGCUAGACUCUAUUGGAACAUCAAGGAGUGCGAUCGGAAUACAGAUAAUAAUCUUUCUGGCUAUACAAGGCAACCUAUAUUUGUUCAGUUGCUUCAUGCAGCUUUUAAAGUAUCACAAUGUGCAUGGUUAAAUGCUGGACAAAGAUUUAAUGUCGAGAACUGCAUACGGACACUGUCAGAUGUAGCUAAAGGAAGGGGCAUUGCUAUACCGACUGAUCUGGAGAGUCAAGUUGCUGCUAUGUUCAACAAAGCAGCCAUGCUCAGUAGACAGACCAACAAGUGGUUGCAAGCAGCUAAACAACCAAAGAUUGAGCGCAGUCAAAGCCAGCUGAUGCGUCUAGAUCGAAGUAUCAUAGAAGGCUUGCAAGACAUAGUGUCUCUAUUGGAAGAACAAUUGAAACCAUUGGUACAGUCAGAAUUAUCCUUGUUAGUGGACAUUCUCUAUCGACCCGAACUGCUGUUUCCUGCAGCGACUGACGCCAGAAAAAGAUGCGAGAACGGUGGCUUUAUCAAGAGAUUAAUUAAACAUACUGAAAAGUUGUUAGAGGAGACAGAAGAAAAGUUAUGUGUGAAAGUCUUGAGAACACUCCGGGAAAUGAUGGCCAUCGAUCCUGAAUACGGAGAAAAGAACGAAGGUAUCUCGGAACAGAAGGAGUCAGAAACGAAGGGCGAGUCACAAGUCGAGACAGAUCCCAAUGAUCAGUCUGAGAAUCGACAAAUAAUUCAGCAAGAUCCGGGAGAUGCAUUGAGAAAUAUUCUUCUGACGCGUUAUUUUGGCAAAAGUUUUAUGCAAAAACCGGAGAAUGUAGACAUUGGUGUUUGCCGUAGUGCGACCAUCACUCAUGGCCCAGGAGCGAAGAUACUAAGCCGAGCUGGUAGAACGUUGCAUGAUGUGCAGACACAUCUCGACCGCGAAGGUGCUUCGGAUUUAGUGGUGGAAUUGGUGAUCAAGAGCGUACACUCGCCAAGCAUAUUUGUAGAAGCCGUGGAAUUGGGCAUUGCUCUCUUGGAAGGCGGAAAUCCUAUUAUACAGAAAAGUGUCUUUAAUAAAUUAAUGGGUGGUGACUUAAGUCAAUCGUUCUUCAAGGUGUUCUACGAUAAAAUGAAAGAUUCCCAGCAAGAGAUCAAAUCCACUGUGACAGUAAAUACAUCCGACAUGGCAGCCAAAGCGCACGAGGAUAAGGAGCAGGGUAAAGAAGUAGAUAAGUUAUCGCGGAAACGUGGAUCAGGAAAACCUAACGGAAUCGUGAUAAUCGACGAAUUACGUGAAGAGAUGAAUCAGGCCGCAGCGUCGAACGGACAAGCGUACGCAAACAUGAAGGGUCUCUCGUCUGGCGAGGAUGUGGCGAAUAACGUGGCGUUCGGAUGCUCGUUGGAGGACAUAAGCGAAAAAUUAGAGAGGCAUAACAAAAGUGUCUCCGGAGCCGAGAAGGACGAGGGUCAAUUGAGCGCUAAAGUCUUGGUGAUGCAGCCGAUUCUGCGUUUCUUGCAAUUGCUUUGCGAGAAUCACAAUAGAGAACUACAGAAUUUCCUACGAAAUCAGAAUAACAAGACGAACUUCAACUUGGUGUCCGAGACGCUCAUGUUUUUGGACUGUAUCUGCGGCUCGACCACCGGUGGACUGGGACUCCUCGGUCUCUAUAUUAAUGAAUAUAACGUAGCGCUGAUUAAUCAAACUUUAGAAACGUUGACGGAGUAUUGUCAAGGACCGUGUCAUGAUAAUCAAAAUUGCAUCGCGACGCACGAGUCCAACGGUCUAGACAUUAUAACGGCGUUGAUACUGAACGACAUCAAUCCUCUGGAAAAGACCAGGAUGGAUUUAGUGCUGGAGUUGAAGAAUAACGCUAGCAAGUUACUGUUGGCGAUAAUGGAGAGCAGAGGCGACAGCGAGAACGCCGAGAGGAUUAUGUAUAACAUGAAUCCGAAGCAGCUCGUAGAUGUGGCUUGCAAGGCUUUCCAUCAGGAAUCGCUGAACGACAGCAACGACGUCGACGAUUCCUCGACAAACGGGGAAGAAGGAGUGUCACCUAAAGAAGUUGGACAUAACAUAUACAUUC